AGAGUGCGUCGUGAGCUGAAAAUUUGGGGCCGUCUUAGACAUCAUAGCAUUCUUCCACUCUGGGGAGUGGCAAACGACUUCGGGCCCUACCUCGCAAUGAUUUGCCCAUGGACCAACAACGGAACUCUCACAGGCUUUCUCGAGCGACAAGAAGGCACAUUGUCGUCUCAAGACAAGUUCUCUCUUCUGAAUGAUGUUGCUCUUGGGUUGCAAUACCUCCACAGAAAAUCAGUUGUCCAUGGUGACCUUACAGGGUCAAAUGUCUUGAUUUAUAGCACCGGUCGGGCAUGCCUUGCUGAUUUCGGUCUAUCCACUAUCAUGGUUGAGUUCAUUGGUACCUCCUAUUUCACAAGCAGCAACCGAGGGAAUGUCCGAUGGGUGGCUGCAGAGUUAUGCGAAGAGGAUGAUAAAAUCUCGCUCAGCACCGAAUGCGACAUAUACUCAUUUGGCAGUAUCGCUUUGCAGGUAUUGACGCGCAAGGUACCCUACUACAAUUUGAAGACGGAUAUUGCAGUGUUGGGACAAGUCAUGAAAGGUGUGAAACCAGAACCUCCGAAGGAGUCGCGAAUAGCGCCUGGGCACUGGAAGUUCAUACAACGAUGUUGGUUGCCUCGUGCGAGUCGCCCAUCAGCUGGAGAAAUUGUAGAGUUUGUGGGACAUGAACGAAAAGCUCUGUCCCCUUGA